CAUACUAAACGCAUGCACCGAGCAAGAAAACAAUCAAGAGAUUCUGUUAAAAACCGGGCAAAUAACAAUGUUUUCUUCUUCUUCUUCUUCUGUUAGUAGUAAUGUUUACUUGGCACUUAAAAUUAUUUUGGUAGCCAUAAUUCUGCAGCACCAAUCUAAUGCUCAACUGAGUGCUACUUUUUAUAAUACUACAUGCCCGAACGUGUCUGCCAUAGUUACCAAUGUAAUACAACAGGCUCUUCAAUCUGAUCCCCGGAUCGGAGCUAGUCUCAUUCGCCUUCAUUUUCAUGAUUGCUUCGUGGAUGGAUGUGAUGGUUCAAUUUUGCUGGAUAAUACUUCAAGCAUACUGAGUGAGAAAUUUGCAGCUCCGAACGUUAAUUCGGCUCGGGGUUUCGAUGUAGUGGACAAUAUUAAAACUGCUGUGGAAAAUUCUUGCCCUGGUGUUGUUUCUUGUGCAGACAUCCUUGCACUAGCAGCAGAGGCUUCUGUUUCUUUAGCAGGAGGACCUUCAUGGACUGUACUGGUAGGAAGAAGAGAUAGUCAAACUGCAAAUCAAGGGGGAGCCAAUACUUCUAUUCCUACUCCUUUUGAUGGCCUAACCAACAUUACUUCCAAGUUUUCUGCUGUUGGUCUAAACACCAAUGAUCUGGUCGCUUUAUCAGGUGCCCACACAUUUGGACGUGCUCAGUGUAGAACAUUUAGCAAUAGGCUAUUCAAUUUUAGUGGCACAGGCAACCCUGACCCUACACUGAACACUACAUAUUUAGCUACUCUGCAACAAAUAUGUCCACAAGGAGGCAAUAUCUCUGCUCUAGCAAAUCUUGAUCCAACAACACCAGAUACUUUCGACAGUAACUAUUUCACAAAUCUACAGAACAAUCAAGGGCUUCUUCAAUCGGAUCAAGAACUAUUUUCGACGUCGGGUGCUUCUACUAUCUCUAUUGUUAACACCUUCAGCAGUAAUCAAACUGCAUUCUUCCAAAGUUUUGUUCAGUCAAUGAUUAAUAUGGGAAAUAUUAGUCCUUUAACAGGAAGCAAUGGAGAGAUUAGAGCAGAUUGCAAGAAAGUCAACGGAAGCUAAUUAAUUAUUAAUUAUGCUAUGAAAUUAAAAUCAGAAAGUGAUUAGCUUGGUGCUUAAUUUAUUUAAUGAUAGAGAGAGUGUUGUCAUUUUAAAGAAUUUUAUUCAAAUUUGAUUGAUAUUGCUUUGUCUUUUUUUUUUUUUUUAAAAAGGUUGUUUGGGUUGUAUUUUUUUUUCUCUCAUGUGUAAAUAAGGGGUGCCUCUUUCUUUUAGUAAUCUUUAGGAAUAAGUUAUACUUAUUGCAGAAAGGAAUAUGUUCUUCAAGAUUUGGAAAGAAUGGUGAAUUUUUUUUAGUCCUUCAACGAGGGA